AUGACAAUCGACCUGGAUGACUACAUGGACUCAUCCCUUUCCUCCUCCCCCACGCAUUUAUGGCCUCCCAAAAAACGCUACGAAGUGAACAAAACCCCUUUGGGCGUCCCCGUAUAUUGCUGGAUUUUGCUUGGAACCGGCCUUGGUUUUGUGAUUUUGGGAACCCUGGGCCUUUAUUUAGUAAACUUAACCAAUGGCCCGAGGAUAUUGUAUUUGAACGCUGAGGUGGGAGAGCCGGCGGAUUUUGCCCAAUGCAGCUUCGGACAGUGCACAGAGUUUGUGAACUGCAAACUCGGAGCGGGCGAGAAGCUCAAAGCGUUCAUUCAACCGAUUGUGGACGUGGUGGAUACGGUAGGUGAUGAGUUUCUGGGAUUUUACGGAUAUUGGAUAUUAGGAACUGGGACGAUUGGGGAAACCGAAAAGUAUUAUUUUUCUUCGAUGCAAGUGUCGAAAUUAGGAUAAUCGAGGGCGCUGAUUUCGAAAAUGACAUUCAUUUUUUUUGAUCCUAACUUUUUUUCUUAAGUAGUACUGUAAAGUUGUAAUUUUUUUGAAUUUUUUUCAUGAAUAUUCGAUUUGGAUGUUUUCGAUGGUGCUGAUUUCAAAUCAGAAAAAAAUGAAUAAGAUUUUCGAAAUCAGCACCAUCGAAACCCCCCAAAUCGAGUAUUUGUGAAAAAAAAUCAAAAAAUUACUACUUUACAGUACUACUUAAGGAAAAAAGUAAAGAUCAAAAAAAUGAAUGUCAUUUUCGAAAUCAGCACCAUCGAUUAUCCUAAUUUCGACACCUGCAUCGAAGAAAAAUAAUACUUUUCGGUUUCCCCAAUCGUCCAACCCCGCGGAUAUCCAAGGCUUUUCCUCUAUUUUGAUAACGAUUUUUGACCAUAAUUUUCAAAUUUUCAGGAUGGAGCUGCUGUCUCGUUCGUCUCCGAAGAGUUCCUCGCGAUCCGAAGAGCCCUUCAAAACUAUAUCGAGCCUGUCGAGUCCCCAGAACAUGCCUGCAUCACCAUUCCCGGGGUCGAUUUCUUGAAUCUGAUGAAGUUCCGUUCCGGAGUUGUGGUUCAGAAAGUGAUCGAAACAGUUCAACGGGAUCUGAAUGGAGCCAGAACUAACUUACUUUUGUUCAACAACAUCGGGAUGAUCGAAAAAAUGCAGUACAAAGUGAGUUUUGGAAGAAUUGUGAUAUUGUAGUAGAAAAGGAGUUGAGAAAAAUACUAUUUCUAACAAGUAAGAGAUAUAUGGUAAGAGAUAUAUGGUUUUCUGAAAGUUUCGUAGUGUCUGCCAACAUUUUACAAUGUGAAAAUGCUGAUUUGUUUUAUUUUCUCCAGCCGGUAUCGAACUAGCCCCAAAUUUUUUUGACCUCAAAAUCCACUGCGCCAUCUGAACACACAUGAAAUUUUCAACAUUCAAAUGAAAAAUAACUAAAAUUGCAUCACUUUUAGGUCAUCUGGGCCAGCGCCGAGCACACCUCGAAACAGUUUCGGACCCAUUUUGACAUUGCCAUCCCUCCCCUAAGGCCAUACAAUUUACUCUCCGCCGACUCGAUUAGAAGCCGGUACACGGUGAAGAAACCCGAAAAUAGAUGGACUGUAUACUCCAGAUUUGCUGAGAAGAAACUGGUCGAGGAUAUGGAAAGGAUCUUGAACUUGUUCCGACCAAACGCGGAUCGAUUAAUCUUUGCGGGUAAGUCGUAUUUUUGGGUCGAAGUUGAGUCAAGAAGUUGUAGAAGGUGUUUAGAAUCCCUUGGAUGAAAUUUUGAACAUGUGAUAGAAGGAUUUUGAGCCUGUGAUAGAGGGAUUUUGACGAGUUAUUCGUGAAAAUCAACGAUUUUUGUCAUGGAGAGUAUAAUGAGAUCUCAGAUUUGGCCGGAAAGUUAUUGGGAACAGUAUGUAAAUGUUCUGAGUAGACUGUAGUUGAAGUAGGACCUUAACAAAGUGUUCUAAUGAUGCUUCAAACCAAAAAAAUCUUGGUUUGAAACGUCGUUGGAUGUUUUGAUGAUAAAAAAAUGGGCUGGAGAAGCAAAAUUAAUAAAAUUAUUGCUGUAUAAUUCAAGAUUUCUCCCUUUUAUCCAAUCUUGAACUUAAUUUUGCCUAGUACAAAAUAAAAAAAAAUAUUCUACUGUUGAGGAACUGAUCCAGUGGCAAAAAACGUACCGUUUUGCAUCCGGGAAGUAUCAAAAAUGUGGCAAAAUACCUCCAUUUCCAACUGAAAGACUCCGAUUUCAAAAGCGCGCCCGCUCUUUUUGUGAGGGCCCUUCAAAACGAAGUUUUUUUUCACUUGUAGAGGGAAGCAUUUUGCCACAUUUUUGAUACUUUCCGGAUGCAAAAUGGUACGUUUUUUGCCACUGGAUCAGGUCCCUCGCUGUAGCUUCACUGUAACCCCAAUUUUUUCCAGCCGACCUCCCCACGGACAAGUUCAACAUGACCCAUGUGGUGGACAGAGAUUCGAACGAAGUAUUCGAAUACGGCGAGCUCCUUUCGACCUCAACUUUCACCAUAAUCAACGACAAAGUCCCUGGCUUCCAGUUGGCCGUAAUCGACGCACUUCAAGCCCAUUCCAUCCCCGUAAUCAUCAGCGAUGACUAUGUGUAUCCGUUCGGCACGGAGCUGGAGUGGAAACGUUUCUCGGUCCGAAUUCCCCGCCAACAAAUGGAGAACUUGGUGGUGAUCCUGAACCAGUUUGAUGAGAAAACGGUGGAUGAGAUGCGAAGUUUGGGAAGAGUGGUCUACGAGGAGUUUAUGGCUUCACCCGAGAGAAUCGCGAGAUCGGUGGUAAGGACGAUAAGAAGGAGAUUUUCCAACGAAGCCAAUGAGUUCAGUCGAAUUGGACAAAAUGGAAGGGAUUUUAAGGUGAGAAGAGUUAUAGUGGGGGACCUGAUCCAGUGGCAAAAAACGUGCCAUUUUGCAUCCGGGAAGUAUCAAAAAUGUGGCAAAAUACCUCCCUCUCCAAGUGAAAGAACUCAGAUUUCAAAAGCGCGCCCGUUCUUUUUGUGAGGGCCCUUCAAAACGAGGUUUUUUCACUUGGAGAGGGAGACAUUUUGCCACAUUUUUGAUACUUCCCGGAUCCAAAAUGAUACGUUUUUUGACAUCGGAUCAGGUCCCGAACUGUAUUUAUAAUACAGUGGCGGGCCUGUAAACUCCUCUUUUCUCGCAGUGCACGCAAAAAUCACUCCAGCGAGUUUGCGAACGGACUGGUAUCAAAGAAAAAUCCCACAAUCUCCGCCCCAACUGAGAGUCGAAACUACAGUGGCGGCCUCAUCCAGCAGCAAAAAACGUACCAUUUUGCAUCCGGGAAGUAUCGAAAAUGCAGCAAAAUACUUCCCUUUCCAAGUAAAAAUUCCGUUUUGAAGGGCUUUCACUCACAAAAACAGCCAGUGCACUUUUUAAAUCGGAGUAUUUUCACUUGGAGAGGGAGGCAUUUUGCGACAUUUUUGAUACUGCCCGGAUGCAAAAUGGUACGUUUUUGCUACUGGAUCAGGCCGCCACUGUAGGUUCGAAUCUCAGUUGGGACGGAGAUUUUGGGAUUUUUCUUUGAUACCAGCAUUGCAGCGCCUUUACCAACUAAUACAAACUGUAACCAUAAACCUUUGUUUUGCAGAUCUGGCGCGACAUCCCAAUCCGAUCCAUGUCCAAAAACCUCGAUGUAAUCAUGAAGAUUGACCAACUCUUGUCAAAAGAAGAAUUUGAGCAAAGGAUCAACAAGAUUUUCAAAAUUUUGGGAGAGAAACUAGAGUCGAUUACUGUUCUAUGGCCUCAGAAUAUGAGGCCGUACGAAUUGGAUAGCGCAAAAUUGGAGAAGAGGAUCCAUUUGAUAUCAGAGGACUUUAUGAAUAAUAUCGAAGACUCGGUGCGAACAAUGAGGUCAAGGAGUGAUGUAACAUCGGAUUGUUGGCUCAUGUUGGAUGGAAAGGGGGAGCUGAACGUGUCAGCGGCAUUAUUUGAUCAAGUAUUCAAUGUGUGGAAAGAAAACGCAGAUCAAAUUUUGAGCUUUAGAAGUGAUGGCAACGACAGAUUCACGGAGAAUGCUGAACCUCCAUUCUUUGAUGGGGUUACUUUGGUACAUCCAGUAAGUCAUUAGUAGUUUACUGGCCUUUUUUACCAAAAUAUGCCAUACUUUAUCAUAGACAAUAUACUUUUAGUACGUUCUGGCCGAAGUUGUGAAAGCAAAAAGCCAAAUUACUUGUUCUCACACCCCAAUCCAAACAAUAUCAUGUGCAAUGUCCGAUAGCACAUGCGAGAAGCUGGAGGCUCAACUUUGUCGGUCUCGAUCCGACUAA